CACCCUUCAUUUGUGAACUUCCUCUUUAUCUUCCUCUUUCUCCAACACAGCCUGCCUUCAUGGACUCUUGUAUUUUACGUCAACGCGAGCAGAGAGAUGGAGAUCGGACUCCAACCGAGUGUCUAGCUUCAGAUGCUGAGGAUCUGGCAUCGCAAGUGGCAGAAACGGCAAAGGAUUUAGUGAAAACAUGCCGUAGAUUACAUAAUAUCGGCUUCGAUGCGCUUCCCGACUGGGGUAAAGACAAUGAGUACGUCAAACAGGGUUAUCGCCCAAGUACUAAGUCAUUUCAAGACUGUUUCAAGAGUGUCUUUCGCUGGCACAACGAGACUGGCAACAUAUGGACUCAUCUUAUUGGUUUUGCUGUUCUCGUUGCUCUUGCAGUUUUCACGUUUUCGCAGAGCAGUUUCGGAAGUGGCUAUCUUUGGGAUUCUGACUCUAUUGUUGUUCGACAACUUUCUGCAGGAGAACAGGUUGCCUUUGCAGUGUUCUUCGGAGGAGGAUUGCUUUGUCUUCUUGGAUCAUCCGUAUUCCACACUGUGUGUAGUCACUCAGAAUUCAUUGCAAAAACCUUCAAUAAGGUGGAUUAUGUUGGUAUUGUACUACUCAUUUCGGGAUCGCACGUGGCUGCUAUAUUUUAUGCCUUCUAUUGCCAUCCGUAUACUCAUCUCUUCUACACUGGAUCAGUUGUCAUACUGGGAUCUGCUUGUGCAACUUUCAUGCUCAUCAAAAGAUUUCAGACUCGCAAGUAUCGAACACUUCGAGCUUACUUCUUUCUUGCUUUUGGUCUUUUUGGUGUUAUUCCUGUCAUUCAUAUUCUUAUAAUAGAAGGUCUUCGUUAUGCUAUUGAUCAGUGUGCAGUGAUUUGGAUGAUUCUGAUGGCAUCUUCAUACAUUUUGGGUGUUACCAUUUAUGUUGUCAAAGUACCAGAAUGUUGGUUUCCAGGAAAAUGUGACUUUUGGAUCCACAGCCACCAGAUAUUCCAUGUACUCGUGUUGUGUGGUAUCUGGUUGUUUUACAAUGGACUCCUAACAAUGGCGGAAUAUCGAAGAAUGAUGGGACCAUCAUGUGCUGUCGAAUAACAAAUAGACAACUAGAUGCUUAGACGAGCAAUUUUUAGCAGAAAUUGUAUGUAUGUGGACAGUAUCUACUGUAUUGUGGUGUUACUGUAUUAUUGUAUUCGAAUUUGUUGUUGAUAUGCAUGAACAUUAGUUGGUUAGUACCAAGAGUACGCUACUGUACUUGUAACACUGUUGUUACAAACAAACUGUGUUAACAAUAACACUAUUAUUACUAGCAUCGAUUCAACAAA